CGGCGGCAGCGCCAGCAGUGAGCUGUGGCAGCGGGGAAGCCCGGCUCUCUUCUCUCUCCCUCAGGAGCACGUCGAGGGACGAGCGGGGCGGCUCCUCUCAGCAACCCGGCGCCCCCAUGACCCUGAACCGCGGCGCCAAGCUCCGCUCGCUGGAGAAGCGGCGCGGCAGCAUGCCCUUCGCGGCGCACCAGCACCUGCACCGGCGCAGCAUGCCGGUGGACGAGCGGGACCUGCGGGCCGCCCUGCCGCACGACGAUCUCUCCGGCCUGGUGCGCUGCACCUCGUACAGCCCCGGCGAGGCGCACCGGGAGAGCUGGGCCUCCGACUCCUCCGACUCCGUCAUCUCCUCGGGCAGCGACUCGGACGGCCGGCUCUACAAGGUGAUCCUGCUGGGCGAGCACGGCGUCGGCAAGACCAGCCUGGCCCGCAUCUUCGGCGGCGUCGAGGACUGCGCGGAGGCGGAGGAGGCCGGCAACACGUACGACAGAUCAAUCGUGGUCGACGGGGAAGAAGCGUCUCUGGUCGUGUUCGAUAUCUGGGAGCAGGAUGAUAGCCAAUGGCUUCAGAACCACUGUAUGAAAAUGGGAGAUGCCUAUAUUAUUGUAUACUCAGUGACUGACAAAGUUAGUUUUGAAAAGGCCUCUGAACUAAGGAUCCAGCUACGAAGAGCAAGGCAAACGGAAGACAUUCCUAUUAUUCUCGUGGGCAAUAAGAGCGACCUGGUCAGGUCCCGGGAAGUCUCAGUUGAUGAGGGACGGGCCUGUGCCGUUGUGUUUGACUGCAAGUUCAUUGAGACCUCAGCUGCUCUUCAUCAUAAUGUCAAAGAUCUAUUUGAAGGUAUUGUUCGGCAAAUUAGACUUCGCAAAGACAGUAAAGAAGACAAUGCUAGAAGGAUGGCCAACACAAAAAGAAGAGAAAGCAUAGGCAAAAAGGCCAAGCGAUUCCUUGGGAGAAUUGUGGCAAAGAACAAUAAGAAGAUGGCUUUCAAAGCAAAAUCAAAGUCUUGCCAUGACUUAUCUGUGCUUUAGAAGCUUUCAGCGAGGCCAGAUAUCGCACGUGGGAGGCGAACAAGCAUUUGACUGUUGAAGUGUAUGGAUGAUCCUCAUGGUGAUAACAAGAAUGAGUUAUCAUUGAGACUCUCGUUAAUGCCUUAAGGUGCACAAGCAAGUCCAGAACUUACAUUACGAUGUCUACUUCAUUGAUAAAUGGCUAAAGUUUCAAUAUAUACAAGUAAAUGAACUAACUUUAAAUAAGUGGCUUGACAUGCCCACACUUUCAUUAUGUACAUAUAUUAUAUAUCCUCUUGUCCUGUGGAUAACAGAGAUGCAAAGAUAAGAAAAGAUGAUGAUGAUAAGUAUCACCAUAGACUUGUCUCGUUUGCAGAGCAAAACUUAAAUUUGUACGCAGGCUCGUACACUCUUUUUAGUAUAAAGCAAGCAAAGAUAAAUCUUUUUAAACUUAAAUAUGGGGUGGGGGGAGUAGAACCACACUAGAAUGGGAGUAAAACAAAUUUAUAUAUAUAGUUAAAUACAGAACAGAUGUCAUUUUAUGAAGUUAAUUUGCACUUCCAUUAACUGUUAUUCAAUUAAUUUGUUACUUGUUUACAUGCAGAUUUUAUAAUAAAGUAUUAUUUCCUGUUAUAAUAAACUGUGCUUUUCUCAUA